GCUGGUGGGGCUGAGCCUGGAGGCUUCCUCGGGGCUGGGGGCUCUCCCGGGCAGUCAGCCCUGCGCAGAGUGGUCGCCGAGGGGCGGGGCCUUCGCCUGGGCUCAGCUCGGGGUCCGCACGCGUCGUCGUGUCCUUGCAGGACUGCUCGUCGGGAAACAUGGCAGUUUCCGUUUUCACAAACGCAUCAAGCCUAGCGCCAAGUUUUGCCACAGGUUGAAUUCGGCGUCACUGCAGUGGACACCGGGUCAGGAAAUUAGUGACUUGUCCCGGGAAACGCCAGAAUGGAGGUGUCAAUGCCCCUGCCUCAGAUAUAUGUGGAAAAAACCCUAGCCAUCAUCAAGCCGGACAUCGUUGACAAAGAGGAGGAGAUACGCGACAUUAUCCUCAGGUCUGGAUUCACCAUCAUCCAGAGACGAAAACUACAUCUAAGCCCUGAGCACUGUAGUAACUUUUAUGUGGAACAGUAUGGGAAAAUGUUUUUCCCAAACUUAACAGCUUAUAUGAGCUCUGGACCUCUUGUGGCUAUGAUACUAGCUAGACAUAAUGCCAUCUCAUACUGGAAAGAGCUUCUGGGACCACCUAAUAGUUUGGUAGCCAAGGAGACACACCCAGACAGUCUAAGGGCGAUUUACGGCACAGAUGAACUGCGGAACGCACUUCACGGGAGCAACGACUUCGCCGCCUCAGAGAGAGAGAUUCGGUUCAUGUUUCCAGAAGUGAUUAUUGAGCCCAUUCCAAUUGGACAAGCUGCUAAGGACUAUUUAAAUUUGUACGUAACACCAACCCUACUUCAAGGACUCACGGACCUUUGCAAGAAUAAACCAGCAGACCCCUUUAGUUGGCUAGCUGAUUGGCUGCUGAAAAAUAAUCCCAACAAACCUAAACUUCGUCAUUUUCCGGUAGCAGGAGAAGAGCAUUAGUGCACUGAAGCCGUGUGUCUACUUUAGUGUGCCCUGCAGGACAAGUGGUGACUUGUUCUCCUGUAAAAAGCUGUGAGUCUGCUUUUAAAGACGCCUCUUUCCUAAUGGUUUGAGCAACUACAUGUGCAGUAAACUAUUUUUCUGUGCAUUAAAAUCA